ACAUGUCAGAUUUUGGGCAGGAUUUAUGUUCCCGCCAAAAUCAUAUCCUCCGAGUGGAAAAAAACGGCUGGAGAGAAUUGAUUAAACUAUAUCAAAUAAUUCGAUUGUAUCCAUUUAACGCUCCAGCUGAAUUCCCAAUCUUUCUAUGGAUUAUCACAGCAUUAAGAACGAUCACACCGGAAGUCGUGGACAAAUCAUGAUGCGCAACAUUAACAGUCCUCCAUAUGGUCAUAGUUCUGGGGCCCCAAGAGUGUCUUUGCUAGAAGAACCUUAUGGAAAGGAUGAAUUGGACAUUAAUUUUCAAAUCCACAGCAUGGAAAAAGAGGCAUACUGUUCUGUUUUGAGGGCUUUCAAUGCCCAAUCUGAUCUCCUUUCCUGGGGUAAGGAGUGGCUCAUUACGGAGCUGCGGAAGGAACUUAAUGUCACAGAUUCUGAACACAGUCAACUGCUUGUGAAAAUUAAUUCAGACAAAUCAAUACAAAGGAUAAGGGAAUUGCAGAAACAUGCUCAUGAAUCACUCUCUGGUAAAUUGAAUUAUUCUGGCCUUGUUGAUUCAGUAGACAAUACUCCCCCAAAAAAGAGGAGGCCUUCUUGUCCUCCUCCUUCGAAGUCCCAGAAAUAUGUACUACAUCACCAACCUUCUUUGGCAACUAUACCCUCGUUGGCACCAACAAACUUCAAGGAUGAUCAACAACUUGGUGAAUUUGCAGUGCUCUCCUCUGUACAGUCUAUGAAGGUAGUUAAUCAUAAUUUUCAAGGACCACUUAGCAACAAAAGAGGACCAGCACAAUCUCAUGUCAAGAAGGGUAUUCAUACGCCUGAUUCUUGUAAAUUCAAGAAUCGUUCUGAGUUCAUUGAGAUUCGUGCAACAGAUACAAUUAUUCAUGAGGUUGAGAGGAUGACCUAUGGUAGAGAAAACCCUGACCCUGUUCAAGUUGAGAAGGCAAAAUUGAUCUUAAGAGAUCAUGAAAGAGCUAUACUUGGGGCACUUGAUAAACUUGCUAAUGUGUCAGAUGUGGAUGAUUCUCCCAAUCAACUGCACUACUCCUAUGAGGAGCCUCAUGGAAACAAACACAAUGUUGGUGAGUGGUGACUUCCUCGGGCAAGUGGUAGAUUGCAUAGCUACCUUACUGAAGGGUUUUAUCGUACCUAUUUUGCAAGAGGGUAUCAUUGUGCAAGCUGAUGAGGAGAUACUAUGACUCGGGCUAGUUAUUCAAAAUUAUUAACCAUAUAUGAAGUCAUGUAGAUAUUGAGCCUGAUAACUGAAACUGUUGAAGACAAUUCAAUGCGUAGAAAUGGUAGAUAUUGCACUUUUCUCUUA